GAGUGGGCUCGGUUCCUUUUUUGGAGCUGGACAAAAGAGGAAGGAAACCCUAGUUGUUUCUGCGCGCGAGCAUUACGCUUACUUAGUAGCACGAAAUAUUUCCUGUACGCGUCUCUCUUUCUUUCUGCCUCUCUACUUUUCGGCAAAUCGAGGAAAGAAAGAAGGUGAAAAAAAUAGAGGAGGAAUUUGGGAUAGGACGAUGGCAGAGCGGUUGACGCGUAUAGCUAUUGUGAGCUCCGACAGGUGCAAACCCAAGAAGUGCCGCCAGGAAUGCAAGAAGAGCUGCCCUGUUGUCAAAACCGGUAAACUUUGUAUCGAGGUUGCCCCUACUUCUAAGAUUGCUUUCAUCUCGGAGGAAUUGUGUAUUGGAUGUGGUAUCUGUGUUAAGAAAUGCCCAUUUGAAGCUAUUCAGAUCAUCAACUUGCCGAAAGAUCUGGCCAAGGAUACAACCCAUCGCUAUGGCCCUAACACUUUUAAAUUGCAUAGGUUACCAGUCCCAAGACCUGGGCAAGUUCUUGGCCUGGUUGGAACUAAUGGCAUUGGAAAGUCUACCGCCCUUAAAGUUUUGGCUGGAAAAUUGAAACCAAACUUGGGUCGUUUCAAUAAUCCUCCAGACUGGCAGGAAAUCUUGACAUACUUCAGAGGAUCAGAGCUGCAAAACUACUUCACUCGUAUUCUUGAAGAUGAUUUGAAGGCUAUUAUAAAGCCCCAGUAUGUUGAUCACAUUCCGAAAGCAGUUCAAGGCAAUGUAGGACAGGUGCUGGAUCAAAAGGAUGAGAGGGACAUGAAGUCAGAACUUUGCAAUGAUCUUGAGCUGAACCAGGUUAUAGAUCGUAAUGUGGGGGAUUUAUCUGGAGGAGAGCUUCAAAGAUUUGCCAUUGCUGUUGUUGCUGUACAGAAUGCCGAGAUAUACAUGUUUGAUGAACCUUCAAGUUAUCUUGAUGUGAAACAGAGGCUAAAAGCUGCUCAAGUUGUCCGAUCUUUGCUCAGGCCUCAUAGCUAUGUAAUUGUUGUGGAGCAUGAUCUUAGUGUUCUGGAUUACUUAUCAGACUUCAUUUGCUGUUUAUAUGGGAAACCGGGAGCAUAUGGAGUUGUAACCCUUCCGUUCUCAGUCAGGGAAGGAAUCAAUAUCUUCUUGGCAGGAUUUGUUCCAACAGAAAAUUUACGGUUUCGGGAUGAAUCUCUUACCUUUAAGGUUGCUGAGACACCACAGGAAAGUGCUGAGGAAAUUGAGACAUAUGCCCGAUACAAAUAUCCCACUAUGACCAAAACUCAAGGAAAUUUCAGGCUUCAUGUUGUUGAGGGUGAAUUUACUGAUUCUCAGAUCAUUGUGAUGCUGGGUGAAAAUGGGACCGGAAAAACAACGUUUAUCCGAAUGCUGGCUGGUUUACUGAAACCUGAUUCUGUAGAAGGUUCUGAUGUGGAGAUACCUGAGUUUAAUGUUUCCUACAAACCCCAGAAGAUCAGUCCGAAAUUUCCAUCCACUGUCAGGCACUUGCUACAUCAAAAAAUACGUGAUUCAUACAUGCAUCCUCAGUUUGUAUCCGAUGUGAUGAAGCCUCUUCUUAUUGAACAAUUAAUGGAUCAAGAAGUUGUGAAUCUUUCUGGUGGAGAGCUGCAAAGAGUUGCAUUAUGUCUAUGCCUUGGGAAGCCUGCAGAUAUUUAUCUGAUAGAUGAACCAAGUGCAUAUCUUGAUUCUGAGCAGCGUAUAGUUGCUUCGAAAGUCAUAAAGAGGUUUAUUCUUCAUGCAAAGAAAACUGCUUUUGUGGUUGAGCAUGAUUUUAUAAUGGCAACUUAUCUGGCAGACAGAGUUAUUGUGUACGAAGGGAAGCCCUCAAUCGAUUGUACUGCCAAUUCUCCCCAGUCAUUGUUGACUGGGAUGAAUCUCUUCUUAUCCCAUCUGGAUAUCACAUUUAGAAGGGAUCCAACAAACUACCGCCCAAGAAUCAACAAACUGGACUCAACCAAGGACAGGGAGCAGAAAUCUGCUGGGUCCUAUUAUUACCUGGAUGAUUGACAUAAUUAUGAACAGUUCUCCUUCACAAAAUUGAAGGGCAUCAAUGUGAGCAGUGGGAUCUCAGCCUGAGUUAUGUUGAACAAUGAAAGAAGGUCCUUUGCCAUAUUGGCAGUUGGUUAAAAUGAGUUUUAAGGCCAUGUUGUCUAUUGAUGCCAGUUUAAUGUGUUCUAUAAUGUGCUGGCUAUUCCCCAGUUUUGGUAUGACACAUCAGUCGAGUGAAUCUAUAUUAUACUUGGUUUUUAUCACAUCAAUUCUUGUAUUUCAUCAGUUGAGAAACGGGAAAAAUGAUGUCAAUUGUGUUGUCGCGGUGCUUGUGUUGGUUUCAUGAUUUAUGGGCUAACAAUUCCAUAGUUUUUCCUAUUGAAUUGGCAAGGUUUCUUCUUGUCUA